AUGGAAGUUUUCCCUUGGUUCCUGCUGCUGUGCCUCUGCGGGUCCCGAACCUGGCGCGGGGCGAAUGCGGAUUCCAUCAUCCACAUCGGAGCCAUUUUUGAUGAAUCUGCCAAAAAGGAUGAUGAGGUGUUUCGCAUAGCAGUUGGUGACCUCAACCAGAAUGAGGAGAUCUUACAGACUGAGAAAAUUACAUUUUCUGUGACAUUUGUGGAUGGUAACAAUCCCUUUCAAGCUGUUCAAGAAGCCUGUGAACUUAUGAAUCAAGGUAUCUUAGCCCUGGUCAGCUCCAUUGGCUGUACUUCAGCAGGCUCGCUCCAGUCUUUGGCAGAUGCUAUGCAUAUUCCCCAUCUCUUCAUUCAGCGAUCCACGGCUGGGACCCCAAGGAGUGGCUGUGGACUCACCAGAAGCAACAGGAAUGAUGACUACACUCUCUCUGUCAGACCUCCUGUUUAUUUGAAUGAUGUCAUCCUGAGAGUGGUCACAGAGUAUGCCUGGCAGAAAUUCAUUAUCUUCUAUGACAGUGAAUAUGAUAUCCGAGGAAUACAGGAGUUUUUGGACAAGGUUUCUCAACAGGGGAUGGAUGUUGCUCUUCAGAAGGUAGAAAACAACAUUAAUAAAAUGAUCACCACUCUUUUCGAUACCAUGAGGAUAGAGGAAUUGAAUCGCUAUCGAGACACUCUUAGGAGAGCCAUCCUUAUUAUGAAUCCUGCCACAGCCAAAUCUUUCAUUACUGAGGUUGUGGAGACUAAUUUAGUUGCCUUUGACUGUCACUGGAUGAUAAUAAAUGAGGAAAUAAAUGAUGUGGAUGUACAGGAACUUGUAAGAAGGUCAAUUGGAAGGUUAACAAUCAUUCGGCAGACAUUUCCAGUUCCCCAGAAUAUAAGUCAACGGUGUUUCCGUGGCAACCAUCGAAUAUCUUCAACACUGUGUGAUCCUAAGGAUCCAUUUGCUCAAAAUAUGGAGAUUUCAAAUCUUUACAUAUAUGACACAGUACUUCUGCUUGCUAAUGCUUUUCAUAAGAAGCUGGAGGACCGAAAGUGGCACAGCAUGGCAAGUUUGUCAUGUAUUCGAAAGAAUUCCAAGCCAUGGCAGGGGGGGCGUUCCAUGCUGGAGACCAUCAAGAAGGGUGGAGUUAAUGGAUUGACUGGAGAUCUAGAAUUUGGGGAAAAUGGAGGCAAUCCUAAUGUCCACUUUGAAAUUCUUGGAACUAACUAUGGAGAAGAACUUGGACGAGGCGUUCGCAAACUUGGAUGCUGGAAUCCUGUCACAGGUUUGAAUGGUUCACUAACAGAUAAGAAAUUGGAGAAUAACAUGCGUGGAGUGGUUUUACGUGUAGUGACUGUUCUGGAAGAACCGUUUGUAAUGGUUUCUGAAAAUGUCUUGGGUAAGCCCAAGAAAUACCAAGGUUUCUCCAUUGACGUCUUAGAUGCCUUAUCUAACUACCUGGGUUUUAACUAUGAAAUUUAUGUCACUCCGGAUCACAAGUACGGAAGCCCACAAGAAGAUGGUACAUGGAAUGGCUUGGUAGGAGAACUAGUCUUUAAGCGAGCAGACAUAGGGAUUUCUGCUUUAACUAUCACUCCAGACCGUGAGAAUGUGGUGGACUUUACAACACGUUAUAUGGACUAUUCCGUGGGAGUACUACUGCGAAGGGCUGAGAAAACAGUGGAUAUGUUUGCUUGUCUUGCACCAUUUGAUCUCUCUCUAUGGGCUUGCAUUGCUGGCACAGUUCUUCUGGUGGGUCUACUCGUCUACCUCUUGAAUUGGCUUAAUCCUCCACGACUACAAAUGGGAUCAAUGACUUCUACUACUCUUUACAACUCCAUGUGGUUUGUGUAUGGAUCCUUUGUUCAACAAGGUGGGGAGGUCCCAUAUACAACUCUGGCUACCCGAAUGAUGAUGGGGGCUUGGUGGUUAUUUGCAUUGAUUGUUAUCUCAUCUUAUACAGCAAAUCUUGCCGCUUUUCUCACUAUCACCCGCAUUGAAAGUUCCAUUCAGUCUCUACAGGACCUUUCUAAGCAAACAGACAUCCCUUAUGGCACAGUUCUAGACUCUGCAGUUUAUGACCAUGUUCGCAUGAAGGGAAUGAAUCCUUUUGAGAGGGAAAGUAUGUAUUCCCAAAUUUGGAGGAUGAUUAACCGAAGCAAUGGAUCAGAGAACAAUGUACUAGAGUCUCAAGCAGGAAUACAAAAGGUCAAAUAUGGAAACUAUGCUUUUGUUUGGGAUGCAGCUGUCCUGGAAUAUGUGGCUAUCAAUGACCCAGAUUGCUCAUUCUAUACCAUUGGGAAUACUGUUGCAGACAGGGGAUAUGGAAUUGCAUUGCAACAUGGUAGCCCUUACAGAGAUAUUUUUUCCCAAAGGAUACUGGAACUUCAGCAGAAUGGUGACAUGGACAUCUUGAAGCACAAAUGGUGGCCAAAGAAUGGCCAGUGUGACCUGUAUUCCUCAGUGGACACAAAACAGAAAGGAGGUGCCCUGGACAUAAAGAGCUUUGCAGGGGUGUUUUGUAUCCUGGCUGCUGGAAUUAUCCUUUCCUGCUUCAUAGCUAUGCUGGAGACGUGGUGGAACAAAAGGAAAGGUUCCCGAGUUCCAUCCAAAGAGGAUGACAAGGAAAUUGACCUGGAGCACCUUCAUAGACGUGUAAAUAGCUUGUGCACAGAUGACGACAGCCCCCAUAAACAGUUUUCCACCUCGUCAAUUGAUUUGACCCCUCUGGACAUUGACACUUUGCCAACACGACAAGCCCUGGAGCAAAUCAGUGAUUUCAGGAACACUCACAUCACUACCACCACCUUUAUCCCAGAGCAGAUCCAGACUCUUAGCCGCACACUCUCAGCUAAAGCGGCCUCUGGUUUCACUUUUGGCAAUGUGCCUGAGCACAGAACUGGCCCUUUUAGACACAGGGCACCUAACGGGGGCUUUUUCAGGAGUCCUAUAAAAACAAUGUCAUCUAUUCCUUAUCAACCAACUCCUACCCUGGGGCUCAAUCUGGCUAACGAUCCAGACCGAGGCACCUCCAUAUGAGCAUCAAACAAAAUAUCUUCACCGUUUCUUUUGUAGACUCCCUUUGUAAGGAGCAAUUGUAAUAUUGUGGGACUAACAUGGAUGUAACUUUUUUUAAAAUCAGGUUAUUAAUAACAAUUUCUAGUUUCUCUCCCAUCUUCCCUCCCUCUCUCUUUUUUCUCUAUAUCUUUCCCUCUUGUCCCAUCCAUUUCCCUCCACUUCUUCAUUACUCAACUUCUUCCCCCCCAAAAUAUACUAGACUAGAAUUUUAAUAGUCCUCUUUUCACAUACUGUACUUCAAGUCUAGGAAAUGGGCACUGAAUAUACUAAAUGUAUAUGCAGGAUUAAUUUUACAUAAAGGCCUCUGUGUAACAUGUCUCUAUUUUUUAAACUAUAGUCGCAAUAACUUAAGUCUUUUUACAUUCUUCUGCUGCAUUCAUACAAGGCUCCGGUUCUGUUGAGUGUCCUUUAACCGUGGACCAAAGGCAAUCCCUGCAUUGUUUAUAAAAUAGUUGAAAGAUUUUUCAGGCCACAUGAUAUGAGAAUGCAAUUUUGUAGGAUUACAAUAAAAGCCAUUAAAAUGCCAUUCAAGACUAGAAUUAAAAACUACUCUUGCACUGCAACAGUGCAUAUGACCUUUCUGCGAUUGUACAGUCUUAAAAGUUUUUUCUUAUGUACAUAAACUUUAUCAUAUGGCGGAAACCUUUAUUGUGUUAAAUAAAUUAGUAUCUCAUAGAUAUACAUAUAUAUAUGCACCUAUAUAUGUGUGUAUAUAUAUUAAAAGGCAGCCAUUGCUAUUGCAAUUCGUUGA